AUGCUGGGAGGCAGUUUGAAGGCGGCUUUUGCCGCGGCGCUGUUGGCUGGUUCGGCAGCCGCCAUUGACUUGGAUAUCAAAGAUGAGCAAUCUAUUAAGGAUGCCGCCAAGACCAUCGCGUCGAGCACCAUGUCCUACUACGCGAACCGGGAUAGCGCCGACAUCCCCGGCGCUAUCGUGACGAGCUGGUGGGAAGGUGGUUUGCUUUUCGACAUCAUGAUCCAGUACUGGUCUCUGACCGGCGACGACUCGAAUAAUGACGCCGUCACAGAGGGAAUGUACUGGCAGCGCGGUAGUGGCAACAACUACUUCCCAUCCAACUACAGUUCCUACCUGGGCAACGACGAUCAAUUGACCUGGGGACUGGCCGCUAUGACGGCCGCCGAGCUCGACUACCCGCAAAACUCGUCGAUGCUGACGUGGGCGAUGCUCGCCGAGAACGUCUGGAACGUGAUUUUGAGUCGGUGGGACGAGGAGAAUUGUUAUGGUGGUCUGCGCUGGCAGAUUUGGCCGUAUCAGAUUGGGUAUACAAUGAAGAAUGCGUAUACGAAUGGUGCAUUCUUUGAGUUGUCCGCGAGACUGGGUCGGUUCACGAAGAAUCAGACCUAUGUUGAUUGGGCUGAGAAGAUCUGGGAGUGGAGUGCGAAGUCGUCGUUGCUGGACGUGGAUACAUGGAAAAUUUACGACUCGACAAACUGCAAGGACAAUUGUGAGGCUGCUAGCCAUAUUCAGUGGUCGUACAAUUAUGGCACCUAUAUGACUGGUGCGGCCUACAUGUAUAACCAGGUGAGCAGUUCAGCGCCGAAGCAGAAUAAUGGGGGCUCCCAAGCUAACAACGACAAGACGGACGGCAAGGACAAGUGGAAAACCGCCCUCAACGGACUCUUCAACACUUCCCAGAUUUUCUUCCCUGAAAAAUACGGCGGCAAGAUCAUGUCCGAGGUCACCUGCGAGCCACAGGAGCUCUGCAACGACGAGAUCCUCUUCAAGGGCCUCUUCGCGCAAGACCUCUCCCUCAUCGCCCAAGUUGCGCCAUACACCGAAUCCAACAUUAUCCCCCUACUCCAGGGCUCUGCCGUUGCGGCUGCGAAGAGUUGCACGGGCGGAACGAACGACGAUCUUUGCGGCAUUAAGUGGUAUAAGUCGGAGUAUGAUGGCCGCAGUGGAUUCGAACAGCAGCUCAGCGCGACUAGUAUUCUCAUGACCAACAUGAUUGCGUUUGGCAAGCAGGCACCUGCAACUCAGGCGACGGCGAGUAAGCCUGCGUCGGGGACGUCGACUGGAUCGCCUUCUUCGACCAGCAAUACGCUGGUUAUUAAGACCGAUAAUGCCGACAAGGAUAAUGGCGCUGGUGUGUUGUCCGGCGGACCUGUCGCGGUAGUUGUCGCGGUGAUGGCGGGUAUCCUGUACCUCAUCUAA